GACAUUUACUGAAGUAACCGGUGUAAACAACAACUAUUUCCUAAUAAGGGGUCUACCUUGGAAAUACCUUAUCUUUGACUUUAUCUUGUUGUUAAAACUUGUUACUGACUAGAUCUAAGUCUAAAGAUUGGGGAUCCCUCGCACUAUAGAUUUUUUUUUUUUUACAGAUCUGGUUGCUUGUGCAGUUAAGGAAUGACAUAGCACAAUGACCUUUGAACUUCUUGCCUUGCACAAAGACAAGCACCUGACUGAUGCUUGUGCUGAGAUCCUCAACAAAGAAUGGCCACGGUCAAUGGCAGCCAGAAAUCACAGUUUGAGCAAGUCUUGUGAUGAGCUUCCUAUCUGCUUGGCCUUUGUGAGGCGUAGUACAGAGGGCAAGCUGCCAGAGGUGAUGGGGUUCAGUAAGAUCUCUGCUGUCCAGGGGAUCCAGCAGGCUGGUCUGAUUGAAUCAGUAAUUGUCCGAGAAGAAGAUCGAGGGAAAGGAUUUGGGCGGACUUUAAUGGAUCUGACUGAAGAGCAUGCAAAGUGCCUUGGGUUACAAACUUUGUACUUGAACACGCUCGAUAAAGAGGGCUUCUAUGCACGUCUGGGCUAUGUUGGAUGUCAGCCAGUGCUCAGCCUAGGGGCCAAUGCACACAGGGUACCUGAGUCGAUGCUCCGACAGUUCAUGGCAUCAUCAUCCAACAGUCAAGGCGGCCUGAAUAAUGUCAACAACAACAAGCAACACGCCUCCUGUGAUCUCAGUGAAAAAAUACAAAAUAUUUCCAUUGGAUCGGAUGCUGAAAGUAGAACAGAGCCCACAUCCUCUGACGUACCAGCACCACCACAGCUACCACCUCCUCCUCCACCACCACCACCACCACCGGCACCACCCUCAGUCCCUCCUUCUCUCAAGACAAAGACAUAUGACAAGACUGUGAUAAGAAUGGACCCAAACUCAGUGAUUUGGAUGAAAAAAACUUUAUGAUGGUUUUUAGAAAUAAAUAAAUACUGUGCAAUAUAUUCGUG